UGGGAGUGGUAUCUCAGCCUUGUUCGUAUCAAUCACCGGGUAGAUCUAUCUUUUUUUUUUUGAUCUCUAAGGCACCCUGGGUAACAGAGGAGUAUUUAGGAAUUGCACUGUUUUCACCACCGCACGGAGUCAGUAGCAAGAAGUCAGAUUCAGAGUCAGAAUUCACGGUGAAGUUCUCACCAAUUGCCAUACACGUUAAAGUAUCUACACAUAAGUAUCUACCAAAAAUAUUACGAGUAGUGAUUGAUUCCGAACGUGGCAUCGCAUAGUAAUGAGUAAGCAUACCGGAUCUACUACUACUUCCAGUAGUAAUUUAGAGACUCCGAGAGGUGGUAUACCUGCUAUAACAGGAGAUAUAGAUUUUACAAAAGCUAUUCAUGUGUUUCCGGAGCAAUUGAAACCAUUCCGAAGUAGUGUAUUAGCUUAUAGCGCAUCUUUCUUAUCUACAUUUAUUGGAUUUCCGUUAGAUACUGUAAAGACUCGUAUGCAAACACACAAACAUUUUACAGGAUAUUUUGAUUGUAUAAAGAAAUCAUAUAUGCAUGAAGGAAUAAGGGGAUUUUUUAGAGGUAUUUGGGCUCCUUUAGUUUCUACAUCAUUUUCAAAAUCUUUAAGUGUAUCAUUAUUUACUGCCGUAAAACCUUAUACUUAUGAUAAUCUUUAUCAAAGUGGUGGACCGGAAUUACAUCCAUUUUUACGUAAUAUCCCUGUAUGUUUUAUUUCCGGUACUAUAGCUGGAGGUGGGGUAUCAUUAUUUGCUUGUCCCUUUGAAUUUACUAAAAUUUAUGCUCAAUUAGAAAGAUUGGUUCAUAAUAAAUCUCUUAGUCAAAUUCCUAGUAAUUUACAAACUAGUAAUCAAGAAUUAAUUAAUAAUUCUACUAUAACUAUUGUUAAACAAAUUAUAAAAUAUGAAGGAAUUGCUGGUUUAUAUUCUGGAUUUAAAUAUCAUUUCUUAAGAGAUUCUUUAUCUUCUGGAUUUUAUUAUUCAGUUUAUGAAUCUAUGAAAUGGUCAAUGAAUAAUUUUAUAAAUAAAGAUCCAACUAAAUCUUCUCAAAUUUCUAUAUUACUUGCAGGUGGUCUUUCUGGUGUAUUAUCUUGGAUCUUUAUAUUUCCGGUAGAUACCACAAAAUCUUUAAUUCAAAAGGAUGUGGUAACUAAUAUUUUACGUCGAGAACAGGGGUUACCUCCUUUACCUCCUAAACAAAGAAAAUUACAAAAAAUUGAGGCAAGACUAUAUAGAGGGCUUGGAAUUUCUGUAUCUCGAUCAUUUCUUGUAAAUAUGGUGUUCUUUAGCACAUACGAGGUUGCCAUGGCCUAUCUUGCUUAACUUUUAUUUAUAUAUAUAC